UGCUGCAGUCUUUUUUUUUAAGGGGGGAAAUCUUCGAGUGACUUGUUAUAACCUCUAGGUCUUUCUUUGUACCUUUUAACUAAAAAUCGUUCUCUACACUUCAAAAUCUAUAAUUUAAAUAUUUUUAUACUUGACCACGAUUUUAAUCAAUUUUAUUGCUCCUUCUAAAAACUUUCAAUUGGGAAAAGAAUUGAGUAUGAUACUCAAUUCUUGAAUUUGAACUCAUAAAUCUCAUGACUCAUGAAUCAAAUCAACGACGAAUUAUUAAAUAAUUCAGGUAGGUACAACUUAGUUCUACAUCCGUAUAUCAACGGGAGGUAACCUAUAAUGGGGUAAUCAUAUAAAAAUCUGUAUUCUUAUCACAUUGAUAUAAUCAUCAUUACCUAAGUUCAAAUAUUAGGUAUCUCGGUGUGGUAUAAAAUUAGGCGUAGUUUUAGAAUACACACAUUCAUUGAAGUGUCUUUUGUUUGAAGAAGUUAACACUGUUCAAUAUGAAAGACAUCAUAGCGUUCGUACUUUGCAUCUCAGCUGUUGCUUACGCAGAUUUGGGGGCAUACAACCACAAUGGAUGUCCAAAAGAUGCUACUUUUCUACCACAUGAGAACUGCAACCAAUUCUACGAUUGCACCACAGGAAUGUUGUUCGUCAGAGACUGUCCAUCUGGGCUUCAUUUUAACCCAAGCCUGAAAAUGUGUGACUGGCCAGUAAACGCCAACUGCCAUAACAAUGUGCACAAAAAUUCUCACGAAAAACUGACCAAGAACGUGAACGAGAUUUGCUCAUCUCCUGAUUCUGAAGGCGUCUUGGUAGCUCAUGAAAACUGCAACGAAUUCUACAGAUGUGCUGAUGGUAAGCCAAUGCACCAUCAAUGCGCACCAGGUCUCCUGUUCAAUCCCACUGCUAUGAUAUGUGACAUGCCACACAACGUGAACUGUACUACCGAAGGACUUUUUAUUAGCAAAAAAUAUCUGGCUGCUACAAGAGCUAACUAUACGACAGAUGAGGAAGCAGCUACCAUUUGUGCAACGCAAAAUCAUUUCGUGUAUCCGUUUUCUCACAAAAAUUGUAACCAGUUCUACGUGUGCAGCCUUGGUGAGCCAGUCGUUAUGUCCUGCCAACCAACCCUCUUUUUCAACGUCGAUGAUGGAAUCUGUGACUGGCAAAAGAACGUUAAAUGUGGUGACAGAGUAAUUCCUGGUGAAGAAAAGAAGAGUGGAAAGGUAUGUUCAGAAGCUAAUGAAGGUCGUGUGUUUGGUCACCAGUACUGUAAUCAGUUCUACCAGUGUCUUGGUGGUGAGAUGCUACAAGGGUCAUGUCCAAGCGGUUUGUACUUCAACACUUUCUUUGGUAUUUGUGACUGGCCAGAGAAUGUUAACUGUAGCAAUCGUUUGGUUUAGUAAGAACUAAUCUUAUACCUUGAAGACUUGCGCCUUACGCUAACAGAUUUCCACGUAAAUCGUAAUUACAUGUUCUUUUUUGCUUAAAAUCAUUAUUUUGACUUUUUAGUUUAUUGUCCACGAGUUUUCAAACGACACAUUGUAUUUUGUUUUGUUCGCUAAUAUUUUUUGUAAGUUUUGUUCUAAU